AGACCAGCAUGGCAACAGAAUGGGGUACUCAGUUCCACAGUUACCCCUCUGCCCUCUGUACUGAAGGCAAUCGUGUGCCACAGAGGGCAGAGUUGAUGACAGGACCUUUAUUACCGAGGAUGUUGAAGCAUUGCUGAUGGCUAAAAUGGAAAGAACCUAUUGUCAGUGUCACGAAACAGCCUAGCAGCUCCAGUCCUGGACCAGGACUCCAGUGUGCAAGGUGCUGUACAAACACAGAAAAAAAGACAGUCCCUGUCCUAAGUACAAGACAAGAGACAAUGGAUGGAUACAGACAGACAGGGGAGUACAAGGCAACAAGGAGACAAUAUUUGUCAGCAUGGUAGGCAAUGAUCUCUGCACACCAGCAGCCCCACACUUCUCUUGGAUCUCAGGCUGAGUUUGCAAGGCCAGCACUCAGAAAACUCUUUGUGCUCCAAGAGACACUAAGCUGGGAAGGCGGGAAUGCAGAUUUUUGCAGAGGCCCUUUUCAGAGCCAAGCUACACAUUACAAUACAGCGGAUAAUUCAAAGGUGUCAGAUCCAUCGGUGUGUCUCCGUAUAAAAAGGUCAGGAAUUGGCAUGAAAGCCGGAAAGCCCUAAAUGUAAUCAAAGCCCAAGCACUCCGAAUCCUUAGCUUCAUGCUGUCAGCCAGCAGAGCAGAGCGGGUCACAGCCAUUGAGUUCCACAGCUCAAGGGUCAAAAGCCAGGUGAUGGAAGCUAGCGGGUUCACGUGUUAGUUCGAAGCCCGCCAAUCGGCCUCUCAUUCCAACAGCAGUGCAACAAAGGGACAGAAAAGCAGGGAUGGUGCCAGUCUUCUAGCUCUUGUCCAUUUAAUCAGCCGGCACCCAGGCAUCCAGCCAUUAUCCUCUGUCAUCACUGAUGGCCUCAGUAGAACUCAUAGGCAAGUAAAGUCUAUUCAUGUCCCUUGCAUUUCAUUCAGAUGUUUAAUUAAAUUACAAAUAAAGGUGCUGGACCGAUAGCCCUAAAUCAUCUGCUUUUGCCUAGAAUAGUCCCAGAACUGCCUCACUAAUGAGCCUUUGACCCUGAUCAGCAGAAAGUGCAUCUUGGGCUGGGAGGAGAACCAGUCUACGUGGCCGAUUCAGUCCUCAGCUUCUCUGCAGAACCUGCCAUCAAGAAAGUGUGAAUUGUGAGAGUAUUUCCUGUGAUGCAGGCUCUUGUCCACCAGGAAUGGGGCUGGGCCCCUCCCCUAACUCAUUUCACACAAGGGUCACCAGGCAGCCAUUGGAAUAUCACUGUUCCAUACUGAAGCAUGAUUGGUAGAGCUCGCUGGGAAACAGCUUUUGUUCCCUCCCCCCUUGCAAACAAAUUCAGAGUUUUGGUUUUUCAAUGAAAACUUGAAAAUUUUCAGUGAAAACAGAGUAUUUUUCAAUUCAACAUUGUCAUCGACAACUCGGACAAUGGAGGGACAGUAAGCUUUCUAAAAUUCUAAAAGUCCACUGCAUGCAUCCGAUGAAGUGGGCUGUAGCCCACGAAAGCUUAUGCUCAAAUCAAUUGGUUAGUCUCUAAGGUGCCACAAGUCCUCCUGUUCUUUUUGCGGAUACAGACUAACGCGGCUGCUCCUCUGAAACCUUUCUAAAAUUUGCAAUGACACCAAGUCGGGAAGGAUUGCAAGCACUUUGGAGGACAGGAGUAGAAUUCAAAAAGAUCUUGAGAAGUUGGAAAAGUCUGAUAUCAAUACGAUGAAAUGUAGUAAAGACAAGUGCCAAGUACUACACCUCAGGAGGAAAAAUCAAAUGCACAACUACAAAAUGGGGACUAACUCUUAGGUACCAGUGCUGAAAAGGAUCUGGGGGUGAGAGUGGAUCACAAAUUGAAUAAGAGUCAGCAAUGUGAGGCAGUUGCAAAACAGGCUAAUAUCAUUCUGAGCUGUAUUAAGAGGAGUGUUGUAUGUAAGACGCAGGAGGGAAUUGUCCCGCUCUGCUCGGGACUUGUGAGACCUCAGCUGGAGUCCUGUGUCCAUUGUUGGGCACUGCACUUUAAGAAAGGUGGCUUAGAAAAUGUGAUGUAUGAGGAAAGGUUUUAAAAACUGGGUACGUUUAGCCUUGAGAAAAGAAAUCUGAGGGUAGAUGCGAUAACAGUCGUGAAAUAUGUGAAGGGUUGUUACAAAGAGGACAGUGACCAGUUGUUUUCCAGGUCUGCUGGAGGUAGGACAGGAAGCAACAGGCUUAAUCUGCAGGAAGGGAGUUUUACGUUCAAUAUCAGGAAAGAUUUUCUAGCUAUAAGGGUAGUUAAGCUCUGGAACAGGUUUCCAAGGGAGGUUGUGGAAUCCCCAUCAGUGGAGAAGAAAAAGACGCCCCUAUCCCAAAGAGCUUCACACAGACAGUAGGUUCCUGUCCCCAGAAGCUUAUUGUAAUGACCUUCAGUCAUCAAUAACCUGGGCUGGAUUUGAAUUAGGGACUCAAGACUUCAGAUUUCAUUUUGAGUCUUGUGUCACACCUAGUCCCCGCCAAAGGCAGGUCUGUUAGUUCAAAGACAAACCUGCCACCAUUACCACAAUGGACUCAUGUCCUCGCUUCCUUUGUCCUUUUUCCAGGACUUUUGAUGACCUAAACUCCGAAAUGGAAUUUGAGAGUCACUCUAGAUUUCAACUUCCUCUUUGAUUUCUCAACUCAGCAAAAUUUGGCUCUGUGUGUCAUCAUUGACUUGGCAUGAUGUGUGCGUUUCCCUAAAACGCCGCUGUAUAAAGCCGGCACAAGGGCCUGUGGUUCAGCAUCAGAGACAGGAGGAGAACUGGAAAGAAUCCCCGCUCUGGUUCUGCUGCUGCCACUCCUCCUCUCCCAGCAGAAGCAUGAAGGUCUGUGUGGCUGCCUUCGCGGUUCUCCUCAUCGCUGCCCUCUGCUCCCAGGUCCAUUCUCAGCUUGAUGGCGUCAACACCCCAACUUCCUGCUGCUUCAGCCAUGUUGCCAAGCCAAUCCCACGGAGCCUUGUGGUGAAGUACCGGCACACCAGCAGCAAGUGCUCCUUGCCAGCUGUAAUCUUUACCACGAAAAAAGGCCGGGAAGUCUGCUCCGAUCCCAACGCACGAUGGGUCCAGGAGCAUGUCAAGCACGUGAAACAAAACUGACGAGCCCCUGACGGCAAUAGCUGCUGGCGACCGUCCCGAAAGUCCUUGCAGGUCGCGGGAGGCAAUUGCUCCUCCCACAAAGAGUUUAUUUUAAUAUAUUAUUUGUAAUGUUUAUUUCUGAACUGGAACAACAAUUUAUUAUAUUUAAAUUAUUUGUGCUUAAGUUAAAUCAAUGUCAAUUUCUUUUGAUCCAACAAAAUACAAAAUGCAAUUGAAA